UCCACAUCGGUCACUGCAUACACACACCACCACCACCAUCAUCAAUCACAAGUUCACAACACCCAACCAUGGCGCCUUCACUCUUCAUCCUUGCCCUCCUCCUCACCGUCGCUGCAACCGACGCGGCCACCAUCACGGUGGUGAACAAGUGCUCCUAUACGGUGUGGCCAGCCGCCAUCCCGGUGGGAGGUGGGACCAAGCUCGAACCAGGCCAGUUGUCCACAAUCCACCCGCCCGCCGGCACAAAUUCUGGCAGGAUCUGGGCGCGUACGGGCUGCAAAUUUGACGCCAGCGGCAAGGGGUCCUGUACCACGGGAGACUGCGGCGGCCUGCUGGCCUGCCGUGCCGGCGGGAAGCCACCCGCCUCGCUCGCCGAGUACACUCUGGGGACAGGCAGCAAUGCUGACUUCUACGACAUCUCCCUCGUUGACGGAUUCAACGUGCCGAUGAGCUUCGGGCCCGCCGGUGGCAGCUGCCGCGCGGUCAGCUGCGCCGCGGACAUCAACGCAAAGUGCCCGUCGGAGCUGAAGGUGGACGGGGGCUGCAUGAGUGCCUGCGGCAAGUUCGGCACCCCACAGUACUGCUGCCCGGCGCCAAGUACGCCGGCGACCUGUGGGCCGACGAGCUACUCGCGUUUCUUCAAGGGGAUCUGCCCAGACACCUACAGCUACGCCUACGACGACAAGAGCAGCACAUUCACCUGCGCCGCCGGAACAAACUACAAAGUCACAUUCUGCCCGUAGAUCCGUCAUCGUCAUGCAUAUUCAUGCAUGCUAGGAACUGAAUUUGGUUUGAUGAAUAAAUAUGUACUGGAACUAGAAUUAGAAUGAAUGAAUGAGGUAGUUUCCCAAAAAAUGUUGUCAAAUAAUUAUAAAACUGAAGCAAAUUUCUUCAACUUUUUUCUAUGGAUAAACCGAAUAUUACGUGAUAUAGUUCCACCUAACGAAUAUUAAGAAAACCAAUUGAUGGCAAUCACUUGCCCCCGUUCUGAUCACAAAUAUGAGGUACUACAUGUGUUCUCGAUUUGUAUCGUCUUGUGACUUCUCAGCGUAAGGUUGUUCGAUGAGCUUAUAAUUAGAAUCGAUAGAUCAAUGAGCUUGCUUUUCCAGAUUUA